AACUGCAGAAAAUACCACGAGCACUAAGUACAUUUUAACUUUUACAUGAUUUAGAAUGGCGCCAACCGUUCAGGAUGGGCAAAAGAGCAGAGAUCAAGAGCGGAGGUGAGCUUUGAUUUCCUUAGCGUUGUAAUCUUCGUGUCGUAAAUCAGUGUAAACAAUCGGCAGCAUUCACGCUGCCGUCGAACCUGUCAAUCUGACUGCAGAGACUUACCAUUUAAGUUGGUAUAACAUGGCUCUUCAUAAGUUUUGUGCAUUGUCCGCUCAGCUAUGAGUAUCUUGGCGAAGUUGAUCAGAAAAAGUGGCUAUUAACCCAACCUUUAAAUUUCUCUCUUACUCUUGAUCGGACGAUCAAACAACGUACAUCAAGUAAGCUUAUGAUUUGCAUUAAAAACUUCACUUCAGUAAGCUUAGUACCUAAUUUCAUGCCCAAAGGGAACAAGCUUUUUGAUUGGUUGACAUUUUGUAUCCCUCCCCGACCAUAUCCACGGAUUCAGCAACAUCAAAGAGAACUUAUACACAAAGUUUACCUUCCAUAAAUUAAGAGGAGAGACCAUGUAAUCAUGGCUUUAUGAAUUUAUUCCAGCUUGAAUGAGUGUUUCUACAUGGGGCUUUAUUAUUUUUUUUUUUUUUAAUGAAACCAGUGGGCCCCAGUUUUUGAAAAGGUGGAUAACACAAUACAUCAGAUGCAUCACUAUCCACUGAAAAGUAUUAGGAGAACUAGUAACAUGUGAUAAUUGCUUUCUCCACUGAUUGUGAGUUAUCCAGUGAGUAAAAAUUUUAUUAUCCAACUUUUCAACAACUGGGGCCAGAAUAAUAUGUUUGAUGUACCUAAAAGUUACUUAAAUGUUAGGCCAAUAAGUUUGACUGCCAGUCAUUGCACUCAGCAGGUUAUGCAUGUGAAAUUUACCCAUACUUGUCUUUUUCAGGCAAAGCUCAUUGCGUUCAACAGUUAGGUAAGAAUAUUGUUAAUGUUGGUGGUGUACUGACACCCGAGACAGAAUAAAAUCUGCACUCGUUGGCAAUAUACUUUAUAUGAACAUUUUUAAUGAGUAUAAAAACACUCUUUGUGGAGUUAGAUGUAAAAUUGACAUUUACUGUAAAGUUAAGAAUGUGUUGAAAUGAGUCCAUGCAUUCCAAACUGAAAUAGAAUGUGGAAGUGUUGGUUUUUGAGGAGCGGGGGAAAUGGGAGUACCAAGAAAUAAACCUCUCCGAGCCAGGGAGAGAACCAACAACAAAUUUAACCUGCUUGUGGCAUCAAGGCUGGGUUUUCAACCUGGGCUACAUUGGUAGGAUGCGAGUGCUCUCACCACUGCAUAACCCUCUCUCCCCAUAUUAUAGCCUAUUAUAGCACCAUAGUAAAGCCUAUUGUAGCACGCACUGGAUAAUGUGGUAUCUUUACAUUGUACAUUGUACAUGUGUUUGUAUUAAUGAGGCUAACUAUCUAUAAGAAUCUGUGGAUCAGACUAGGAAAACAAUGGGCCAGUUAUUUAAAUGGACUUUAGCCUGUGUUUAACAAAACCUUGUUCUAAGUCACUUUCAGUUUGCCCAACUUUUUCAUCUUAACACCAUUUAUAGUUAACAAUCUCAAUAAAGCAUAUUGCUUAGACUGGAAAAGCACUCAUUAGGGACCUUUAGAUUCUGAGAUGAGAAAGACUACAAGUACAAGAUUUUCUCAAUACUGAGUAUUGCUCACCUGUGAACCAGUGUCAUUUUGGCGGGAAAACGUGAUAGCCAUUGUCAUGCUACUACGAGUUUAGUGAGAAUGUUGUUGUGACAGGAACAAGUAUAAACGUAAGAAGUCUUAUCAUUCUUCCACUGGAAGAGGGCCUAGCCUCCUUCAGUAUGAAUAACCGUGCAAAUUUUUGUGGUGAAAAAAAGUAAAAUGAAGCUUUCCGGGGUGUCUUUGUUUUGAGAACACACGCAAAAACUUUAAGUUAAAUCUCGUACUCAUAUUCGUUCUUGUCCUCAAAUCUAAAGCUCUCUAUUUUCUUAAAUCAACCCACUAAGAAAGAGAUCUGGAAGUCCAGUGAUUUCUUAAACCGCAGCUUAAGUUAGACUUCAUUUAAAUGAUUGACCCAAUGUGUCUGUCUGCAUUAAUGGGUGUCCAGGUUAACUGACGAGCUUGCUUUGACCCAGGGAUAAGGAAAACUGUCUGUAAUGUUAAGGUGUCCAUAUCAAGCAGGAAGUGGGGUUCAACUGUAGGGAGUGAUAGGGAGAACCUCUGAUGUUUCCUUUCAUGUAUCCUUACAUAAUAAAUAUUUGAUUUGAUUUGAUUUGAACUGGGUUCUCUCAGGUUUCUUCUGUGUACAUGUGUGUGUAAAAAUAUAAUUAAAGGAUAAGAUUUAAUAUCACUGAAAUCUUUCACAUGCUGAAUAAAAGAUUAAUGAUAUUACCAAAUGAAACAUUAAUGUUUUGUUUUUCUCUUGUUUCUAUUGUUUCAGCAAAGCAGACUUUGUCUCCAGGGUAAAGUACAACAACAAUCUACCAGACAUUCCUUUUGAUGCCAAGUUUAUUGCCUAUCCCUUUGAGUCAAACCGGUGAGUAUAAUAUUUUAUUAGAAGGCUUAAAUUGUGUGUUUUAAGUCUGUCGUUUUUCUUGUAGAGACGAUGAUGAUAAAACUUAGACUCUCUUUUCAAUUUAACAGAUUUGUGGAAUACAAGCCAACCUCACUUGAGAAAAACUACAAACAUGAAAUGUUGACAGAGGUUGAUCUUGGGGUCAAUAUUGAUCUUAUUGACCCUGAUACAUAUGCCCUGGAUCCUAAUGGUGAGGAGAUAAUGAUGAUGAUAGUGAUGAUGAUGAUGAUAAUGAUAAUGCUGAUAGUGGUGAUGAUGUUGAUGAUGAUGAUGAUGAUAAUGUUGAUGAUGCCGAUGUUGAUGGUAAUGGUUAUAAUACUUAAGGGAACACCUAAAAUGCGAAGAUUUAGUGGUUGGCUUGCUUAUAUACAUGUAAGGUGGUCGCUUAGGAGAUUGAAACCACAUGGGGUCCCUUCCGAGAAGAAGCCCCUACACAGCAACGCUUGGUAGAGAAUUUUUUGCAUGCAAUAUCUAAGUUUUAUAUGUGUAGUUCUACAUGUAGGUUGUCUCUGAAAGCUUUCCAUAAUUAUACUCCAAGUGGUGUAGUACAUGUAAAUACAGUGAACAAAGAAACCACGCCAUGCAAAAGCAAGUGGUCACUUGCAUGAGGUUUAAAACAAUGAAAAACUAUGAAAACCUUGAGGGCAAAAAGUGACCUCGGUCGCUUAUGAGAGAUGGUCGUUUAAAAGAUGUUUUUAAUAUACAAGUGCUUUGGAGUUUUAAAGCCACAUACAAAUGGACGCAACAACUCAUGUAACAUUGUUGGGCCAAGAAUGUUGGGAGUUGUUGCUUAUAUUUGCAUGUAGCUAAAAGUUUGACAGGUUUCAAACUUUGCACAAGAACUCCCAACAACAUGCAACAGGGUGUGCAAGUGGAUGCAACAUUUUAAUGUCCAGUAAUGUGGUGUCCAUUUGCACAGGGCUUAACUGGGAAAGUUUUUGUGUUUAGUCGCUCAUGGGAGACGGUUAGUUUCGGCAGGUAGUCACACAUGCACGUUCAACUGUAUUUAAACUGGCUCUUUUGUGGGUUUACAGUGCAAACUCUUUUUUACAACACCCAAGGAAGUACAAAAAUACAAGUUAAUUUUACCAGUGCAUGAUGUGUUGUGCACGAAAUGUGCAUAAGAAACAAGACAAUCAGAAAAGGAUACCAAUAUUCCUUUGAACCUAGUAUAAUAUUAGAAACAGUGUUUGGAAGCCAUUACACUGAUGGAUUACAUCAAGGUGUUUAGUGACAAAUCCAAUGGCACUGUAAGCUGGUUCAAGUCAAAUUAGAGUGCUCAAUCAUAUUUUCAGCCAGACGGUGAUUUGGUCUGACCUUUUCCUUUUGAAGUUUGCUUGUUUUCUUGUUGUUGCAUUAUAGUUUCCCUUGACCCUGAUGAUGAAAAGUUGCUAGAAGAAGAACCAAUAAACUUACCAGAUAAGAAACGGUAUGAAUACAUCUGCAGUCUACCCUGGGAUCUCAUGUCUUUUUCUUUUAUCUUGAACCUUACCUUAAUACAGAUAACUAUAAAUUACAGUGUUUACCAGCCUUGACUUUUACUGAAAAAGUGCAAGUUUGGAUAAUGGUACUUGAGGGUUUGCUGUUUAUACAUGUAGCAUUCAUUUUGUUCUUAGCAUUUUCUUUGAACAUAGUGACAGUGACUGUUUGCCAUUGAACCAUUUUGAUAUCAUCCUUCUAAGGUCUACAUGAAGAUAACCUGAAAAUGUUCACAGUGGUUAAUGGGUUGUGUUUGAUUGACCAGAUUUUGUAAUAGGAACACAUUCUGGACUAUUCUAAAAGAUCAAAAAAGAAAGAUUCAAAAAAGAGUGUUCCAUUUCCAAAAUUGCAGUUAUGGCCCCAAAUCAUGUUUUUGAUGUCAAUGGCAGUGCACCGGAAAUAUUGUUACAAAACAGAGCCAAAAACCAGCAUUCCUGAAUAAGGUCCUUGUUAUUCAUUCAUUUGAUUGUUAAAUUUCUUACAUUUGAGAGUGUGACUUAAAUAUUUUUUUUUCUCAUUUCCUUGAUGCAUAGAACUGCACAUCACAACAGAAAUGUAUCGUGGCUCAGAAGAACCGAGUAUAUUUCAACUGAAUAUAACAGAAGUCGCACAAGUAAUGAAAUGGUGGAAACAAAGUAUGUAAAACUCUUAAAUCCAAUUAAAAAGCUAUCAUAGAAAAUAUUAUUAUUAUUAUUAUUAUUAUUAUUAUUAUUAUUAUUAUUAUUAUUAUUAUUAUUAUUAUUAUUAUACAAAGCAAUUUUUUAUUUGAAAAAAUGGAUAUUGAUGCAAAUUGACAGUGGUAACCAGUUCUUAGGAUGUGUUUUGACCUUGUUUAUUGUUCUCUGACUCACAGAGUUGGCUUCAAUGUAAAAAAGAAAUUCCAGGGAACAGAUAUUUACAAGGUAACUUGUCUCUGUCUCUAUUGCUGUGGUUUAUUAAUUUUAUAAUUUUGUUCAUAGUUUAUAUUAGUACAUUGCUGUUAGAGGAACUGAACCCGAUAGAGCAUAAGUGUAUUAUUGGUUUCAUUGCAGGAUCGUGAAAGUCAGAUAGCCGCAAUUGAAAGUACCUUUGAUGCAGCACAGAGGCCUGUAAGUAUUGGGGUCAGACUACACAUGUUCAUGGGCCUGAAGAGUAAUUUUAAAUUGUUUUAAAGGCAAACACUAUGCGGGUAUAAACGUUCCUACGUACCCUGUCCAAAUGUACGGCUGGUAAAGAAAGAAAUUCCAUUCACAAAUGUAGCUAUUAAACUAUAACUUCUUCCCUAUAACAGUGGCUUUGCAGAUAGUGACACACAAACCUUUCAAUCCUGGUACCCUAUUUAUUCGAAUAAGUGCCUAACCUCGAAUUAGCACCCACCUCGAAUAAGCGCCCAUCCUAAAGGCAGAAAAAGUUAAUAAGUGCCCAGCCUCGAAUAAGCACCCACCCCACCCCACUCCCUCCCACAAAAACUCCAAUAAGAGAUAAUAAGAGACCCUCCCGAAGGCGGAUUUUUCUUCAGGGUAUUGUACAGAGACCUUGCUUUGUUACGUCUUUGCUUUUUGUUAUUAGCAUUUACUGUUUUGUUGCAAAAUAUACUACUACACUUGCUGAGAAUGGUGAAAAUUUAAUAAGCGCCCAGCCUCGAAUAAGCGCCCACCUCGAAUAAGCGCCCACUCUCAAGGUCCAAAAAUUUAAUAAGCGCCCUUGAUCACAUGAAUAUUCAACCAGUCAAGAAUUUGUCCAGUGGUUUAUGAAUGCAUGCAGCCUGACUAUUAAUUUCUCUUGUCUGUUUCAGAUUCUUCGCCAUCCAACCAAGCCCAAUGUCACACCUGUGGAAGUCUUACCGGUCUUCCCAGAUUUUCAGGUAGUAUUCAUACAUUUACAUGAAGUAAUCUAUCAAACACAGGACACAUUGUUUCAUCACAUUUUUAACAAGAAAGUUGAAAAUGUGAUGGGUAGGGGAGUACUUGUGGUGGGCUGUCUUUGUUUUGUUUGAUAUUGUCAAGAUGAACACUUUGUAGAGUGUUUGGAAAAAAGUAACCCAUUAUGUUACACAUCAGUUGGUAACACAAGCAAAGUACAAGUGUCUGAGCUCAGCAUCAAUAAAACACACACCAUUACAACUGUAAAUAAAUUAUUGAGCAAAUUAGCCCACACACAACUGCAUCUAGUUGAAAGGAAACAGAAGAUACACAAUGUACAGUACCACCCAAGUCACUUGGAUCACGAUCCUUAACUCUCAUAGUGUAGCAAGUAAGAUACCCUACAAUUUUUUCCAAUCGAUGUUUGAGAUUGAACAAAGUCUUUUUUCUCCUGUUCAUUGUUACCUAUAUCUAGAUGUGGGCCCAGCCCUGUGCUCAUGUUAUAUUUGAUACUGACCCCACCCCGAGAGGGAGAAAUGGGCCUGCAGAGGAGGAAGAAAUGUCUCAAGCAAUGAUCAGGUCAGUAACAGAAACGUUAGCCCAUUGGCUCUUGGAAAAAUGCCUUUUGAAGCUAGUCAAGCUGUUUUCUGCUGCAAUAGAGGGUUAUCCAUUACUCCGACAAAUUUAUGCAUGGCAUUGUAUUGUACUGUCUUUGAAUUACGAUACUAUACAAAAAUGUAACAAUAAAGAACGAAAGCAAAAUAAUGAGAAAUUUAACAAAGUCAUGCAUACAAAACUGUAAAUUUGUAAGAGUAUUGGACAAGUAUGCCGCAGUACUGCUAGGCUUAAAAGAAUCAAACCUUCCCAAAACAUCACUGAUAUAUCAAGCACUAUACUCCCUUCUGUUUCCAGUGCAACAUGUCAACUUCUAAAGUUUUGGCACGCACAAUAAGCAAAAUUUCAAGAUAAUUAUUUAAUAGACCUAAAACUGACACUGCCCCUCUACUUUCUCUUCUGCCCACUCCUUUCAAUUUUCUUACCCCCCCCCCUCCUCCCCUCCCAUCUCUCCCUGCACCUUUUCCUUUUUCUGAGCAUUUGGCUUCCUUUGGUGAGAAAAGGUUUUGCAAAAACUUUGAGGAUUGUAGGAUUAGAUGGAAGGUGGGUAGUGCCUGAUUUUCUUUGGAUUUUUCGGGCCAACUUUAUAUAAUUUAUGGUCCUUUGCAUUUUUCCCUACUUUUUUUGACUGAAUUGGCUCAUUCAGAUAUGGUUUGACCAUAUGCUACAUGUACCUCCAAGUAUGUUGAUUUUCUAGAGUGGAAAGUUUAAUGAUAUGAAGCAUUGUUUUUUCUUCUUUUUAGAGGUAUGGUGGAUGCAAGUGGAGACCAGUUUGUAGCUUACUUCCUUCCAACCAGAGAGACAAUUGGAAAGAGAAAAAGAGACCUUGAAACUGAAAUGGACUAUACUGAGGAUGAGGAGUGAGUAGAAGCGAACUCUUUCAAGCACUGCUCAGUGUGCAUGCAAUUACAUAGAGCCGACAUUCUGCAUUGCCACCAAAGCUAUUCUCAUAAAAUGAGGUCUGAGAAACCAGCACAGAAAUUUCAUACUGAUGAAGUUUCACUACCCAGUUUCACUAUCAGUUGUGCUACGAGGCCAAUCAGAAGCAUUACCUAGAUCUGGGUAACGGGAUGUCCAGUAUUGAAUUUCUGGAGUCAUUUCUCAGAUGUCAGAUGUUAUUUGCCCCACUUCAACUAUCUGCUGAUACAAAUCAUAAUUUCACUAUUUUGCAUUAGAUAAAAUGGUAUAUUUGACAUCCUUUUUUUUUGCAAUUAUUCAAAUUAGAAUUGACUUUUUUUUUCUUUCAGAUAUGAAUACAAAAUGGCACGAGAAUACAACUGGAAUGUAAAGAAUAAAGCAACCAAAGGAUAUGAGGUAUGAUCAAAGCCCCCAGUUGCCUUAUUUCAAAGCAAGUGGGAUUAUUAAAACGUGUUAUUGUAGAAUGUUUUAUUAUUUUUGGUAUAAUAUACGGUGCUCUUCCUAAAAGAAAUGCCUGCACUAGCACUCAACAGUAGUGAAUUGCCUUGCCUUAAUGCAUGUAGCUAAUGUGGUUCUCUUCUUUCAUUUACCUGACUAUCUAUUCUCUUUGUAAUAGGAAAACUAUUUCUUUGUUUUCCGAGAAGGAGAGGGAGUUUUCUACGAUGAGCUGGUAACAAGGUAAGGAAGUCUAAGACAUUUCAAACAAUCUUGUGUCCUCAAAUUAGGUUGUAUAACAUUAUUGUCAGUUAUACUGUGAAGUGGUGGUUGAAUUCUUGGCACAAUUAGCUCCUACUUUAGCAGCUGUUUAUGCAUAUGUAGCUGAACUCUGAUGACAAACCAUUUUUAUCUAAUAUAUAAAAACAAAGAACAGUGAAUAUUACAUUCACUGUUCUAUUUUUACUGGCACUUUGUAUGAACAUGUUACUCUGUCUGUAUCCGUAAACUAGCUAGCAAAAUAUUACUGUCAAGGCAGGUCAAGCAUACCCCCCAGAUUCCAUUAAUGAAUUAAUUAUUAUUCAAAAGUUGAAUGUAUUGGUAGUUAAGUUGUAGAUUUCGGAUUCAUCUCUGCAUUCUUGCAUGCGUGAUGGAAUGAGUGAGUGAAUGCGUGAGUGCAUUCACCCUCUCAGUUUUCCUGUAUUUGAUGGCAAUCUCUUCAAAGCAAUUUCAUCCAUUCAAAGAUUUUCUAAUCUGACCAAAUACAGAGAAGUUAUUGUAUUUAAAAUAAAGUCACUGCUCAUUAUGCUGCAGGAAUGCAGACUUGAAUUUGAUACUGGUUGUGUAACAACCCACACAUACAUUUUUCAAAUAAUUAAUUUUUCAUAAAUGUGAUAGAGCGGUUUUCAUUUGAGUGUCGAAAAGUAAUUGGUUUUGCACUUUCUACACGACGCGAUUGGCUUAAAAGAUUCGCGCCACCUUUUCAUCCAAUCAGAAGUAAAACCAAAGCCAAUUGUGACGCGCUCGCAUGCAUUUUCGCGCGCUUUGCGUCAGCCACAUGUAAUUACUUCGAGUUUUGAUUGGUUCAAUGUAUUGUCUGUGUCCUAUGUGAUUGGCCAGAGUAAUUACUUUGGUUUUGGUUUUACGACCUCAAACGAAAACCACUCUAUAGGGAGGUAUGCUUGACCUAACUUGACUGUAAGGGUGGAAGACUCUCAGUUACCAAAGCACCCCAACCUCCGUCAUAAGAAAUGUAAAUGUAGGGUUUGAGUUAGUCUAACUCUAUAGUAUUACUAUACAAUGUAUAAUACAUUCAUCUGUAUAAUUUAUUAUCUUAUUUUAGGGUUCAUCUGAGCAAGCGACGAGUUCGUGGUGGAGCUGGUGGUGUGCAAUCAGCUGUUUCUCAGUUAGUUGUUAAACACAGAGAGUUGGAUGACAAUGAAAGAAAAGCACAGGUUAGAAUAACAUUAUUAUGUAUGGNUUUCAUUUGAGUGUCGAAAAGUAAUUGGUUUUGCACUUUCUACACGAUGCGAUUGGCUUAAAAGAUUCGCGCCACCUUUUCAUCCAAUCAGAAGUAAAACCGAAGCCAAUUGUGACGCGCUCGCAUGCAUUUUCCCGCGCUUUGCGUCAGCCACAUGUCAUUACUUCGAGUUUUGAUUGGUUCAAUGUAUUGUCUGUGUCCUAUGUGAUUGGCCAGAGUAAUUACUUUGGUUUUGGUUUUACGACACUCAAACGAAAACCACUCUAUAGGGAGGUAUGCUUGACCUAACUUGACUGUAAGGGUGGAAGACUCUCAGUUACCAAAGCACCCCAACCUCCGUCAUAAGUAAUGUAAAUGUAGGGUUUGAGUUAGUCUAACUCUAUAGUAUUACUAUACAAUGUAUAAUACAUUCAUCUGUAUAAUUUAUUCUCUUAUUUUAGGGUUCAUCUGAGCAAGCGACGAGUUCGUGGUGGAGCUGGUGGUGUGCAAUCAGCUGUUUCUCAGUUAGUUGUUAAACACAGAGAGUUGGAUGACAAUGAAAGAAAAGCACAGGUUAGAAUAACAUUAUUAUGUAUGGAGAUUUGAAUUUUCUUGUUUGUAACAGCUGUAGUGGCCAGUAGGCCAGCUGGUAGAUGGAAGUUUUACAAGUCUGGCAAUGAUGGUGUCAAAAAUGGUGUUGCAACUUAAUUGACUAAUCAGGUCAAUAACCAGAGUAUACCAUCAACUGACGUGAUACAACUCGCUGUGACUCUGAAGAUAACUACCGCAAAGGUUGUCGAGACGUCAGUCACUGUCAACAACAACAGUCCUAUUCAGGACUACGCUCACCCAGACGAUCAUACUCAACCUACUUAUGAAAUGGUGCCUAGUGCUGGGAAUCAGCUGAGAUUUCAUAAUCAAUCAGAGAUAAUAGACCCUUCCAUGUUUUUUUUUUCUUUCAAUUUUUAAUAAAGGGCAGUAAGCGAAUAUCCAUGGACACUGCUGGAUAGAGGGCCUUAAAAUACAGUAUAUUGCUCCAGAAAGUUGUGAAAUUAACUGCAGCUAACUGUUGCCAGUGAAAAGUUGAAAAAGAAAGUGGGUCUAUUAGACUGAUCCAGCCAAUCAAUCUUUUUUUUUAUCAUAGUAAUAAUAAUAAUAAUAAUAAUAAUAAUAACAAUAACUCAUGUUUUAACAUUUUUAUUUGUGCAAUAAAAACAUCUUUUAUAUUUCCUCAAUACUCAAGUGAACAAUUCCCAUAAUAAUGAUUAUUGACAUCAAGGUUUUUUAUUACAAUCAAUGACUGGCAAAUGAACAUACAUGUACACACACACACACACACAUAUGUACUGCAAGGAAAUUUCCAUCCUUCUUGAUUUUCCCCAAGGCUUUAAUUCAAUUAUCAACAUUUUGAUCGACCUUUGAAACUUAAGACUGUAAAACUGCUUAGAAAAGUUAUUGCCUCUGGAAUUUGGUCAACUUGGUUUCCUUGUUUGUGUGUUUCUUAUAAACAUUGUUUAAUCAUGAUUUAAUGGCAUGUUCAAGAGCUGAACUCUAGUUGUGGUUUUUUUCUGUCCUCAGCAAAUGCGCAUGACUCAAUUAGAUACUGCUGCGGCUGAGGAAGAAGAAGAGGAAUUUGAAGAAGAAGAGGGUGAUGAAGAUGAAGAAGGUGCUGAUGAAGCAGAAAAUGAGGAAGAAAAUCCUGCUGAGGAUGAGCAGGAGGAGGAAGAAAAACAAGGGAAUGAUAGUGAGGAUGAAGACAUGAAAGAUGAUGAUGAUGAUGACGAAGAAGCUGAGAAAGAGAGUAACGAUGAGAAAGAUGAAAAGGAAAGCAGUGAAGAGGAAGGGUCAAGUGGUGAAGAGUCAGCUAGUGAUGAGGACGAAGAUGAUGGCUGA